AUGGACCGCUAUAUUCAACGUCUCGGAAAACGAAAAGUGGAUGAUUCUGGUGAAAAUGACGAUGAAAGCCCUAAACCAGAGACAAAAAUAACACUAUCAAAGAUGAAAUAUGAAGAAAAACGAGAACGGAAAUUCCAAGAAAAGUGGCAAAAGGAAUUUCCGUGGGUCGAAUUAGACACAACAGGACAGUUGAUGACCUGCAAGGUAUGCAAGGCAUAUCCAGGGCUAAGUGAUCGCGAGGGUGCUUUUGUCAAGGGUUGUUGUAACAUGAGGAAAGACACGUUAACUGCACAUGAUCAGAAUAAAAAACACAAAUUGUGCAUUGACAGAUCAAUAUCUGACAAACGAGGUGCACCAAUACAAGUCGCCUAUCACCAAACACACAAGUUAAACCCUUCUGUAAAACAGAGAGUUACUGCAUUAUUUAACACAGCGUUCUAUGUUGCAAAGCAUGGUAGACCAUAUUCUGCCUUUCCAGAAUUGUGCAGUUUACAGGCAAAGAAUGGUGUUGACAUGGGAUCCAUGUACAGAAAUGACAAGGGCUGCAAGACAUUUAUAGAACACAUUGCCAAUUCUGAAAUUGAAAAAAUCAAGAAAGAUGUCAUGGAAAGUCGUUAUUUUUCUGUGUUAUCUGAUGGUUCUACGGACAGUUCCAUUACAGAACAGGAGGCUGUCUACAUCCGGUACAUUGGACCUGAAGGGAAGCCCCAAACAGAAUUUUGUGACAUAGUUUCAUUGGAAACUGCUGAUGCGUCAGGUGUACUUCAAGGUAUUGACAGAGCUUUAGAAACAAUCGGCAUCGAUGAAAAUGCAUUCAAAUCAAAGCUUGUGGGAUGUAAUUUUGAUGGUGCAGCAGUCAUGAUGGGACAAAAAGGGGGAGUUGCCGCAAAAGUGAAAGAAAGAGUACCACAUGCUGUGGCUAUACAUUGUGUGGCUCAUAACCUUGAGCUGGCUGUGCUUGACUCUGUUAAAACUGUUCCAUAUCUUUCAAAGUUUGAUACAACUGUCAAGAACAUCUUUCUGUUCUAUUACUACUCUCCUAAGAAAAGAAGGGAACCGAGAGCUAUAUCAGACCUGCUGGAUGAAGAUGCUGCUUAUUUUAGUGGAAUGAAGCAGGUACGGUGGUUGGCAAGUCGACACAGGGCACUGAAGGCAAUAGAAAAACACUACGCAGUGACCGUCAUCCACCUGGAAAACACUGCUUCUGGAAAGACUGCUGAUGCAGCAAAAGCAAAGGGUAUAUUGAAUGAUUUCAAGUCACAUAAGUUUGUGAAAUUCCUACACUUCAUGAUUGAUGUCACCAAUAUCUUGUCAAUGCUAAGUCAGGGCUAUCAGCGAGAUGACCUUUUCAUCACUGAUGUUGUACGCAACAACUUGGAGAAGGCAAUGUGGCAAUUGAAGGAACAGAACAAAGGAGAAAUGGGGAGAAAGUUUGAGGAGCACUUUAACACAGAGUUAAAGACAUUCAGCUGUGGGAAGGAAAGCACCCAAACUGUGAAGCUUGAUGCAUGCCCUGCAAACUCUACUAGCUCUGACAAGCAACAAUCAUCAUUCCUUGAGGCUGUUGUUGAGUACAUGGACAAGCGAUUCACUGUGUUACAACACCCUCUUUCAGUGACAUGGAAGUGUUUGAUCACACUAUGUGGCCAGGCAGGGAUGACUUAUUCCAAUAUGGAAAUGAUGCUGUUGCCAGCCUUAUUAAACAUUUUGAACCAUGUUUUGAUGCCAAUGAAAGAACACAGAUCCCAACACAAUGGAGUGACCUUAAACUGCGUCUUCAUCGACAAAGAUCAGUAUCCCCACUUGAUGUGUACAGCAACCUACUCAUUCUGA